CUUUUCUCCAAUGAGAAACCUCUAGCCUCAUCCUUCUUUCACUUGCUUCCUUCUACUCCUGCCUGCCACCAACACAUUUCCCUCUCCCUCCCGCUGUAUGAGCGUGAGAGAGAAGCAGCUAAGCAGGCAAGCUACUGAGACUUUAAAAGAGAAAAGAAGAAAAAGAAUACACAGAGCAGGUUCCUUUUAUAUAGGCUUGAAGAAGGGCAUCAGGCGUAAACUAGCUGAUAAGGUCUUUUCUAUUGCUGAAAUCUAUUUAGAUGGCAAUUAUGCCUUGUGGAAGCACAUCAAUUGCUCAAUGGGGUAUUCGCCCUCAGUUUAUGAUAAGAUCCUAUAUGCCAAAAAGGACAAUGAAAGCUCGAUAUGGGAUUGACACCAUGAUGAGCUACUUGGCGGCACCAAGCUCAAGCUUAUUCUCACGGGAUUCCUUCCCUGUGUUAUCUUAUACAGGGACUUCUCAAACUUCAAAUCAGCGUAGGGGAACACGGUUUGUAGUGAGAGCGGAUAGUGAUUACUAUUCUGUUCUUGGAGUGUCAAAAAAUGCAAGUAAAUCUGAAAUUAAAAGCGCUUAUCGGAAGCUUGCUAGGAGUUACCAUCCAGAUGUGAACAAAAAACCUGAUGCAGAGCAGAAGUUUAAGGAAAUUAGCAAUGCGUAUGAGGUAUUAUCAGACGAUGAAAAGCGAUCUUUAUAUGACAGGUACGGAGAGGCUGGACUUAAAGGUGCUGGCAUGGACAUGGGAGACUUCAGCAAUCCUUUUGAUUUGUUUGAGUCACUAUUUGAGGGCAUGGGUGGCAUGGGAGGCAUGGGUGGCAUGGGAGGCAGAGCUUCCCGAAAUAGAGCAGUUGAUGGCCAGGAUGAAUAUUACAAUCUUGUCUUAACUUUUAAGGAAGCAGUUUUUGGGGUUGAAAAAGAAAUUGAGAUAACCCGACUAGAGAGCUGUGGGACUUGUGAUGGUUCAGGUGCCAAACCUGGCACAAAGCCAUCUAAAUGUAGUACAUGUGGCGGACAAGGCCAAGUUGUUUCAUCAACAAGGACUCCUUUAGGUGUUUUCCAGCAGGUUAUGACCUGCUCUUCAUGUGGUGGGACUGGGGAAACAUUUAGCCCUUGCAACACCUGUUCUGGGGAUGGACGGGUAAGGCGGACAAAGCGAAUCAGUUUGAAAGUUCCGGCUGGUGUGGACUCUGGUAGCCGUUUGAGGGUCCGAUCUGAAGGUAAUGCUGGAAGGAGAGGUGGAUCACCUGGCGACCUCUUUGUCUCUAUUGAAGUCAUGCCAGACCGUGUGCUAAAACGUGAUGACACCAACAUCUUGUACACGUGCAAGGUAUCAUACAUAGAUGCAAUUUUGGGUACCACGAUUAAAGUUCCAACAGUGGAUGGCAUGGUUGAUUUGAAGAUCCCAGCGGGAACUCAGCCAAACACAACUCUUGUAAUGGCCAAGAAGGGAGUCCCUGUGCUAAGCAAAAGCAACAUGAGGGGUGAUCAGUUGGUCCGGGUACAAGUUGAAAUUCCCAAAAGAUUGAGUAGUGAAGAAAAAAAGCUUAUCGAGGAGCUUGCAGACCUAAGCAAGGGCAAAACAGCAACCAGCAGAAGAUAGUUGCCUAGACAUUGUUCUCUGUUUCAAAACAUGUUGCCUUUUUGCUGGUGCAAAAUUUUGAUAACAAUGCUAGAUGUUUGGGGAGGGGGGAGCAGUUCUCCAUCAUUUGAACUGUGAAAGGAGUAAACAGGUGUUGGUAGUGGUAGGUAAAGUCAUUGUGAUAAUCAUGUCUCAUAUAAAUUAUAGCUUCAAAAGAAGGAGCGGAUAAAAUAGGAGAUGAAACAUGUAGACUUCCUGUUAUUCGAUUUUUUUACCUCUUAA